CUUUGCUGUCUUCAGUUGCAGCACACUUCUAAGGAAAGCCCAAACCCAGGAGUUCAAUUUCUUUUAAAUGAAUUCCGUGGAUCUGCCACAUUUUUCCUGUCUCCGUUGCUGCUGAGGCAAUAUCCUACAGUGUGUCACAGCCAAAGAUUAACAUGUUUUGCUUCCUAACUGACUAAUCAGAACCAGAAAUGGAUUUACGAAGCACACCCUAUCGCUCCGAAGUGGCCCGCUGGUCGCCCAAUGACUUGGGAGACUACUUUAGGAGGUUAAACUUCAAGGAUUGCGAGAAAGUUGUUAGGAAACUUAACAUAACUGGACAAAGAUUUCUGAACUUGUCUGAAAAUGAUAUUCAGAAGUUUCCAAAGCUAAAAGUUCCCAUUCUAAGUAAAUUAAGUCAGGAAAUAAACCGACAUGAAGAAAAAAGAAGCAUCUUUCCGAAAAGAACGCAGAUACAGAAAUCUCCUGAACAUACAGAAUAUAAACAAGAGGAGGGUGAUGGCUGGUCCUCCUUUGAUGAAAGUGAUGAUUAUGAAAGCCCGGAUGAAGAUCAGACUGGAGAUGGUGUUGAUUAUGAGACGCCCAAUGAUCAAGAUGGGUUUGAUGAAAAUGAUGCAGAUUAUGAACCUCCUCCAUCAAAUGAUGAGGACACUGUCCGCAAUGUUAUAUUUCCUCACAAACCAAUUCCGGCCACUUCAGACUACAUAGACAGACCUGCAACAGAGAGAGGUAAAACUUUUCUCCAGCCUCCUGUUCCCCCACAGAGGCCUGCCCACAGCCCCAUACCAGGAGCAUCCCGAAGCAGAGUCCAUGGGACACCUUUCAGUUCUCCUUCAAGCAAUAAUGAGAGUUACAGAGACAAAAGUGCAAAUCUCUUUAGACCACCAGUCGAUCGAAGCAAAAAACCACCAAUGGAUCGACCUGGGCCAACCUUUGAGAGAGAAAGCCUUGGAGCUGGCAAACGAGCUGAAAUGGCUCUAACACCAAAGCUCAGAUCUCUGGCAGAAGACUUGGCAAAGAUACAGAAGCCUCCUCUGCCACCCACUGAGAGAUUCGAAAAAAAUAGUCCUUCCUCUAGAAAAAUGCCACCACACAUAAAGAGCAAUCAGAUGCUUGAAAGACAGACAGAAAUGGAAUCUGACAGUACGCUUCCCUCACGUUUUUAUUUUCAAUCCCAUUUCCUAGUGAUCGUUAACAUGAAAUUGGUCUUUUUCACAGCCAGUGGAUUUUUUUUUUUUGUCAAUUGUUUGUUUUUGCUCUUCUCUCUAGAUAUUCUCCAAAGGCCAGUUCCACAGCCAUCACCUCAGCCCUUCAACACCUUUCCUUCCAGAACCACUAAGUCUAAUAUAAUUCCUUUACCACCCAAAAUGAAGACAGAUCUACAUACAGAAAGCAUUCCCUCAAGUGCAUCAUUACCACCACGACUUCUGCCAAGUAAUCUCUCCAGAACCUUUUCCAAAACCCCAGCAGAUGGCAGACCACCAUUACCAAUUCCCAAUAAACCAAAUGCAGAAUUUCCUAAAGCUGACAAUGAAAGAAUGGAACAAAGUCAUAAGGGUCAACAAAAUCAAAAGUGGUAUGCUGCUGAUAUCACCAGGUCAGACGCAGAAGUUGCACUUAGGAAUAUAAACCAGGAUGGUUCAUUUUUAGUAAGAGACAGCUCCAAAAAAUCAGUUGCGCAGCCGUAUGUUCUAAUGGUGCUUUACCACAACAAAGUUUACAAUAUCCAGAUACGUUAUCAACAAGAGACUCAGGUCUACUUCUUGGGAACUAGCUUGAAAGGAAAUGAGGACUUCACUUCAGUGACUGAAAUUGUUGAUUACUUCAAACGAAUGCCCCUUCUAUUGAUAGAUGGAAAAGACCGAUGUUCAAAGAAGCAAUGCAAGUUAACAUAUGCUGCUGGAAGUCUUUAGAAGCGAAAAUGCAUGAAGAUCAAGUUCAAGCUCAACUUUCUCUUUUCAAGUUAGAGGAGUAACUGAUCUGUGUUGGCUGAACUCUAAAUUCAUAUUAGAGGAGUUAUCAAUUUAUAUUGGAUGAACUGAGAUAAUUUCUUAUCUGUUUUUUCAUAUUAUACCAUAAAGGUUGCUAAUAUAUUAUCUCUCCCUCCCACCCCUUGGUAUGAAAGCCGUUAAACACAUUCAUUUUUCACUGAAAAAAUUAUAUGUGUGAUAUCCAUUGAUUAAAAUAUACUCUGCAGACUGUCUUAUUAUUACUGGAUAUUUUUUUUCAAGAUGAAGAAGUCUUCUAAACAAUGAUUCUAUAUACAUUUUUCAUAUAAAGGUUUAGUAACAGAUUCAUUCAAGAAUAGCUUAACAGAUAUUUCCUGAUGUUAUCAAAUCCAGCAUGCUUACUAAUGUUUGUUCUUAGUGAAAAUAUUUGUUUAUUGAGUUCCAUAUACCAUAGCACUGGUUAAUUGUGAUCAUUAAGAGUCAAAGGAUUUUUGUGUGUGUGAUCAUUUUCUACUUAAAUAUUUGUUAAAGAACUGAUUGUUUCUCUUGCAGUCUUUAUUUGUAUUUUUCCAACAAAGCUAUUGUAUAUUAUGACUUCUCACAAUAUAAAUAUGUUUUUAUUUUU